CUUUACAUACUGACCCAACAAUGGCAGUUAUAACGAUACUGUUUUAAAUGCGCUUUGUGCAAAAAAAAUAAUCGCUACACCAUCUCAGUAGACAUCCAUGCUAGCUCUGAGGCAUAUGGUUCCCCUCCCCUCGCCGUCUCUCUACCAUCGGCUCCCGACUCCGAGCAUCCGUCUUUUCCCUGAGUCACUGUGUAGCCCCAGCGGUCUCCUGUGUGGGUUUCAGCGGCUCUCUGGCUCCUGUCAGGUCCUUCUGAUGAAAAUAGUCGACGACGUUUGAAAUGACUGAAGUGGCUCCAGGCUACCCCGACAUGACAGCGCUGGCCCCUCCUCCUGCACCACUGAUCACCAGUAGGAAUGCAUCUCCUGCUCGAUCACCAUCCAAACCCAGCAGCCCUUCAGGCUCCCAGCUGCAUUUAGCAAAAGAGCAACGGGAGGAUGGAGAGAAGACCCAAGAGAUUUCAGAAUUGCUGCGUGAUAAGGAGCGUCGUGUGCAGCAGCAACUGGAUCGCUGCGCCGAGGAGCGAGGGAGGAAAUUGGAGCAGCAGAGGAGGAAGGAGCGCCAGCGCCAGGCGGCAGCUGUGGAGAAAAGAAGGCAGCAGCAAGAGGCAGAGAAGGAGAGGCUGGAGGCCCUGGUCCGCCGGAGAGCCGGAGGUGCCGAGAGACGAGGAGGAGGUGUUGGAAAUGGAGGGGGGGAGGCUCGGGACCACCUGGAUAACAGGCCUAAACGCUGGACAUGGGGAGGACCGCCUGAUGGAGUGGAGGGUAACCCUAAGACCCCGCCCUGCAAUGCCAUUGGCUCUGCUCAGCCCAAUGAGCUUCCUGCUGCUUCCAGCACCAGCCAAUCCCGUAACGUCGGUGACUUCCUGUCUCCACCCGGGAUGGAUCAACCAAUCAACAAACAGCUCUCCAACUCUUCAGCUGCCCUGCAUUCACCAGAGAGAGUGUCUUCUGUGUCCCAUCGAACAGCUUCCCCCAACCAACACAGACCGUAUAGAAGUUCCUCCAACCGCAGGAGCAUCGCUGGACUCCCUGAAGAGACGUCUAGAGCCAAAACACCCACGGGAGACACUCCAAACACACCGGCCCGCAGUUCUUCCUUCAGGGCCAACAGCAAGGGCCCUGCCACACCGAAACGGGUGAGGUCAAACAGGAGCCGCCCCCAGUCACCCUGCUCCCCUGGCCAGUAUCCCCCCUCCCCACUCCGGCAAAGGGCCACCACCCCUGGCACCGACGAUAGGGGUCACUCUGAGGUCAAAGGGCACAGCACCCUGGAGAGAAAAUCUACCAAAUCUGAGACCUUGGAGAGGAAGAUUCCCAAAUCCACCAGCAAAGAACUCAAUGCAGAGUCUCCGGGCACGCCCACAGGCAGGAGUGUUGGUGGAACGACAGAUGCUGAGGAAGCGUCCAGACUGCUGGCAGAGAGACGACGUCUGGCCCGAAUACAGAAGGAGCAGGAGGAGAAACAGCGUCAGGAGGAGGAGAGGCAGAGGGCUGAGGAGGAGCAGAGGAGGCAGCAGGAGUUGAGAGAGAGGCAGGAGAGAGCCGCUCAGCAGGCCGAGGAGGAGAGACUGAGGCGGGAGGAGGAAAGAAGGAACAGAGAGGACGAGGAAAGACGGCAGAAGGAGCAGAGAUGGAAGGACAUGCAGGAUCAGCUGGACAGAGAGAGGGAGGAGGCCUUCCUGCGAGCCCAGAAGGAGGCAGAGAGGAAGAGGCAGGAGAGAGAGCUGCUGCACAUCCAGGAGGAGCAAGAGAGACUGCAGAGGAAGAAGAGGAUUGAGGAGAUCAUGAAGAGAACACGGAAGAGUGAAGUGGAGCAUCUGCCUGGUGCUGCAGCGUCUGACAUAAGGUCAGAAGUUGCAAUCCCUUCGGAGGAGGACACCCCGACUCCAGCUGAAGCCCCUGUCAUCAUGCUUGGACCCCUGGAGAAUAAGAGCUGUGUGGAUGAGCUGUCUGAUGGAGUCCAAUCCAUGGACGUCAGUUCUCCAUCUGUCUCCAUCAGUCCAGUGUCCAGGGACGAGCAGCCUAGCGCUCAUGAGUUUUCCCCUCUCACUGAAGAGCAUGUGAUGGACCUUGAUGCCCAGCGAGGACAGCGACAGGGCGCAGAAACGCCCCCCUACCCCAAACUGCAGGCUGGCAGUGGAGUCGGAGACCUCAACAAGAACUUGUUGAUUCAACCCUACAGCGCCGCCUCUGAAUCCUCCCAGCUCAUCCACAGUGUUGGCCCAAGCAAACUGGACGUUCAGUAGCCAGGACCUUCUCAGGAGCUGGUAGAAACAGGAGGAACAGACCAAGAAACCGUCACCUCUGUCUGCAACAACAACAACAAUCAUCAUCUCCACAAGGAACAAAUGCUGAACAACUAAUUUCACAUCUGUAUAACAGUAAAGCUUCUGGCCACUUUUGAGGCAGUGCACAUGGGCAAUUUUGACUCUCACAAACAGAACACAGUUUGACAAAAUCAUGCAGAUAAUGUGAAGUAUGUUAAUGACAUGGUUAUGUGAUAGAGUAGGAAGUGGGAUCAGCAUUGUUGCAUGUCAUGAAAAAGUUUAGGGAAGUGAAACGGCUGUAAACUAAGGAAACUACAGCAGUGUUGGGAAAGUUACUUUCAAAAUGUAAUACAAUACAUAUUACUAGUUACCUUCAUUUGAAAAUAAUUAGUUACAUUACGAUGUCUCUUUUUCUGAAAAAUAAUGCGUUACUUAUAACACUACUUUUGCGUUACUUUCACCAAAGACUGGGCAUUAUAAAAUGGAAGGCGGUCAUGUUGUUUAACAGCAGCAGAUCAAAGCAAAGAAAGCUCAACUGUAUUGCGGGUCAUUAAUGUACAAAGCCAGUAGGUGAUAUUGUACAGCCAAAUGAAGGCUCCAGCGCGCAGAUCUGGCCCAUUCAUGCAAUCACAUGCAGUGGUUACCUUUUUUUUUUAAAAUUAAAAUCACCUUUACAUAAACAAAAAGUUAAAAUUAAUCAAAAUCACAUUUAUUAAAAUCAUCCUCUUAUAUUAACACAGGGAGGGGCAGGCAGCAGAUCAAAGUCUGAUAAAUUAUGAGAUGGGGAUACAUUUUUGUGGGCCUAUUAUAUGAAACACAAUAAACAAGUACUGAGGUUAGAAAAACAUCCAACACGCUAAAGGACAAUUGACGGCAUCACCCAGAUGUGUUGAUCACUUGGAUGAGGAAAAACAACAGAGCCUGUCUUCUUAUCCCUGCUACUUUCAAGCAGCCUUUAGAUGCAAACCAGAAUGGGAUACUUAGUAGACGUUACAGAUAUGUGAACACACAGGACAGCAUCACCCAGAUGUGCUGGUCACUGGCACCCUUCUAUUGCCUAAUGUCACCUGUAAUGACAUGACAAGACACAAAAACCUUUCGGGGAUAUUUUUACUGGUGACACACUGGCAGAGUCGGCACGGUGUGGAUGAAUAAAAAAUUUUAAACAACAAACACUUAAUUUCAGGUGGUAACGCCUUAUGUGACGUAGAUGUAAUUGUAUUACCCAAAAACCUGUUGGUAACAGUUACUGACAGCAAAAAUUUUGUUCAUGUUAUAAAACUUACUGUAAAGGCAUGAGCUGAGGAUUCAAGCUCAGUGGCAGCCGGAAUCUGCACACUUCACUUUUCAUUUACAUAUUUUUUGCAUUUAAUUAUCUCACAAAGUUCCCUGACAUUGCACUUAAUCUUUUCAUGACUUUUUUUUUUACUUCUGUACCUGUGGGAACCAGUAUUGCCUAGAUGCACUGCCACAAAAUAUCACUCGAGUUAUCACCUGCUUUAAUAUCUCAUCCCUGCUUUUGUAAAACUUUGUAAAUAGAUCCGACUGGGUGGAGGAGUCAGGGAGCGUCUCUGUAGCAGUUUAUCUGGAGGGGAAGCUGUAAAAACAGACACUAUUGUGUGAAUCCUGUGUAGCAUCUUCAGUGAGGACUAGCUAGUUGAGCUGUUAAUGGUUGUAGCUGUACUUGAACAGUGUGUGGGAGCUUCUCUCUGUCUGUCAGUGUUUCUGAUGGUUCCUGUGUGUUUAUCUCUUCUGCUGACAGCGACUCCUACUUCUAUAAAAAACUCAGACUGCUGUAGAUUUCCUGUCACCCUGACGCUGGAGAAAAAAAACCCCAUCAAUGACUGAUAUUAUAACCCCACUGCUGACCCAUAACACUUAGCCUGUCGCUUUGAUUUUUCUGCUGCUUGUCACUUGAUCGCUGGACAUUUUGUGGACGACCCACAGAGAGGACAUGAAGAAAACCUUGGAGGGGAACUAAAAAAUUAUGUCAAAUGUCCUGUAUUUUUAUCUGCAGGUUGGGAAAAUAUUCACACAGUGUGUUGUGUAUUUGUCUGGCACUGACUGUAACCACGCUAGCUGCAAUUUAUAGUGUGCACUUACAGUAGUUAUGUGUUUCACUGCUCUAACGAUGCUGGUAUCUCCACCUCAGCUCAUUCCCCCCCAACUAAAAUAUACCUCACCAAUUCAGAACAGAGUCUGGGGUUAGACAGCGGCCACCUCGCAGCUCAUCACCUCUGAGGCCUUAAACCUCUGUGCAGUCAAAACAACCCUUCCACUGUGCUUCGCCCUCAGGCUGUUUCAUCCAGCAUGUGCACUUUUGUUGUUUAAAGGCCCUUUUCGACAGAAAGACCCUGGAUGUACAGAAACAAGAACAAAAAAAUAUCCCCUGAGCAAGUCUGUGUUUGAUUUUAAGCUGCAACUGAUCAGACAGAUCACAAGGAAGUGAGGGGAAAAUGGCAAUUAUAUGAAAGCAACAUUGGAUUACCAGCAGGGCAAAGCAUGCCACUACACCACAGACUGGCAGGGCCACAGACUCUCUGGGGCCCCAAAAGCCCCAGGUUUAUUGUGUGGAUGAACAAGGCCAUAGGCAGGAUUGUAGAAAAACUGAGGUAAUAGAUCCAAACUCCCCUAGCAGAGCCCCACCCACCUAAAAAAAAUCACCAACCAGACUCACUGUAUUUAUUCAAUAGUAUUUAAGGAAAAUCAUGUUCUAUUUGUUCAGUUAUAUUAUUUUUGUAGAUUCCAUCUCCCACCAUUACGGCCUGGUAUCAGGCAUGUCAUUCUGGUUAAGAAUACUAAUUAAUUGAUCUACGUUAUUUUAUCUGUUUAUUUGACCAGCCACCAACCAAACUUAUGAGUAUGUAAGGAAAAUCACAGUCUAUAUCAUCUAUUUAAAUAUUCUGUUUUAUGUAUUUUUUCUCCUUUUUAUCUCCUCACAUUAUGAUUCAGUACCAAGUAUAAUAUUGUGGUGGAGAAUCUUACAUUAUUUUAGUUUUUCAAAUGUAAUUUGUUUGCCUUAAAAUCAUAGAAGAAUAUUAGAAUCUGCUUAUAAAACCCUCCACAAAAUGUGUGGAUGUAAUACAGAUUGGAAAAUCACAUUCUAUUUAUACAGCUGUUCAUUUACAAUAUGGUCUGGUGCAAGAUAUAUCAUUUUAGUAAAAAAAAAAAAAAAAUCUGCAUUUCAUUAAUUUCUUAUAUAGUUUAUGUGAUUGAUCUCCAUCAAAACAGUCAAAAAAUAUUUGAAUCAGCCUUAAAAAACACAAACUACAACUUCUUUAAUGUAUUCUCUGUCAUGUCAUUAUAAACCUUCCAGUUUUUUAGAAAUAAGACUGAGAACAUGACAUCAGUGUCCAAUGACAACAUCUUUAUUUACAUUUAUAGUGUGCUCAAUUAAUGUAUAUUCUUAUAUAACUCUGUUUAACUUGUUAACUUUAAGGUGACAAGUUAGCUGGUGGUAGUGGUGUUAGUGUGGAGUCUCAGCAGGGGCCCACAGCACAUUUUUGCCCCUGCAGGUUAAUGCAACUAUGGCUGACAGUAUGAACUGAGUCACAGGGACUUUUGGGGAUGUAAGAACAGAUUGAAAUGAAUCAAAUUUGAAUCCAGGUGCAAAGAGAGCUCUUCAAAAACCUUUUUGUUGUGGAAACGCAGCUCUCCUGCUCCUCCGAGGUGCCACACUGAGGGGAAAAACUGUUUCCCCGUCACUGCUGCAACCUUCAUUUUAUGUUUUCACUCUCCUGCUGGCGUCCCUCUCUCCAUGUUAGCUCAUUAUUCCUCCAGAUUCUGCUGAAGCUCAUCGUAAGAGGGUCUCCAGGGUCCCCUUGUAUAUGAAGUAAAAAUAAAGGACAUAAUGUUUAUCCUAAUAUUACUUAACUCUGUGACACUGCAGCUUGGUGGAAUAUAUCAUUGUAGAUGUGGUGCAUGGAUAACUGCUGAAAAAGAACAAUAAACUUCAUCAAGCCAUUUGUGUCAGUGAGCUGGAUAAAUAAACAAAUGCAUAAUAAUGGCAAACAGACAAUUUGGGUUGAGGAUAUGAAAUGAAGAGUACUGUUAAAGAUUUCAAAGCUGUACAAGAUGUUUAAUCACUGACAUUGAUACCAAGUGACUGAUGAACUGACAAAUGUAGUGUAGGGCUUAAUGCAGCCACUUUUAUUUAUCAUUAUAUCUCACUGUGUGUUGACUUUAUGCUGCACUGAAAUUAAAACUGACCUGCAAAAGUUGAA